AUGGACGCCGAGGCGUGCUCCAAGGGCAUCGGCCUCUCCGUCGUCACGUGCCGCUUCCACCUCACCUGGCUGAGCACCAGCGCCGCGUCGCCCCCGGUUAACACUCUCCGCCCGACGACCACCCCGCCGCGGGUGACCGUCCCGCUUCUCGCCGAGCCUCGGGCGCCUCUCGUCGCGAGCGCCCCCCUUCGCCAGACUGUAAAUGCGGGCGACACGGCCAGCUUCCUGUGUGACGUCGCUGGGGCCCCGCCGCCUGAGAUCACGUGGGAGAAACGGCUUUCGGAGGGGCUCAAGAAAGUGGUCAUGGGGCGCAAUCACGUGCAGGGGAACAUGGUCGUCACCAAUGUUGGCCAGCUAGUCAUUUACAACGCCCAAAUGCACGACUCGGGCGUCUACACCUGUACGGCCCGGAACCCGUCCGGCUCGGUGCGAGCCCACCACCCGCUCACGGUGCUGCCCGCGGAGCCACCGGAGAGUCCAGAAUCGAUCGACUUGACCCGGUGUCUCCCUGAGGAGUGUCUGAAGCCCCCCGACGACCCCGAGCGUUGUGGGAGUGACCUGGAGAAAGCGAGCUGGUUCUAUGAAUCCCGAAGCAACAACUGCAUCUCUCUCACUCGCUGCUACAGCAGCGGCCAACGGGCACGGAGGUUGUUGGAAACCUACGACAAGUGCAUGCGAUGCUGCGGUCCGCAGCCGCCGGGCCCCUGCCACCUCCCCGGCCUGCAGGGUCCCUGUAAGGCUUACGAGCCGCGUUGGGCCUACAGCGGCAGCCUGCGCCAAUGCCAGUCAUUCGUCUACGGAGGUUGCGGGGGCAACGACAACAACUUUGAAUCUAAAGAAGCGUGCGAAGAAAUGUGCCCCUACCCGAAAAGCCACGACUGCAAAACCUGCAAGCCGAGAGGCAAGAUCGUGACCAGCUUCUGUCGCAGUGACUUUGUUAUCCUGGGACGCAUGACCGAGUUUGCGGAGGACGACGACGACUCCGGCCACGCUCUCGUGACUGUGGAGGAGGUCCUCAAGGAUGAGAAGAUGGGCCUCCGCUUUUUUGGUCAGGAGCCUCUCGAGGUGACCUUCCUCAAUAUGAAUUGGAGCUGCCCGUGCCCCAACAUCACGGCCGCCGCCGCCGAAGGUCAAGUUAUCGUAAUGGGCAACGUCAGCGAAGGCGUGGCCGUGCUGCAGCCGCACAGCUACGUGGGCGCCUCCAGCCCACGUCGCGUACGAAAGCUCAGAGAGGUCAUCUCCAAGAACACGUGUGACAUUCUCAAAGCCAUCACCAACAGUCCUCAGUAG